GGUUUGUUUAACCCUUUCCGGAAAUUUUGACGAAAGAUUGCUUGCCGGUGUGACUCUUUCUUCCUUCCAACCCUCAUCAUCCGACUGAGUGCCAAGGCUUUGGAAUUCAUCACCCAAAAUACAUAGCGCCCACAUUCGACUGAUUUCUUUCCACUCUUCUCAACAAUCCGACCAAGAAUCAGUCUCGACACAUCCAAAAUUUGACAAUAUGGGAAAAGUUCACGGCUCUCUCGCCCGUGCUGGCAAGGUCAAGUCUCAAACACCAAAGGUUGAGAAGCAAGAGAAGUCCAAGACCCCUAAGGGCCGGGCCAAGAAGAGACUCACAUACACCCGUCGUUUCGUCAACGUCACGCUUACCGGUGGCAAGCGAAAGAUGAACCCCAACCCUGGCACUUAAACGCAUUAAUUGCGCUCACCCGCUAAAGAGCAGCCAAUGCCAUACUCGGAGGAUUUGGAAGGCGAUGGAUGAGUAGGCAUCCACCCAUGCCUGGCUCUGAGCGUCCACCUCCGCAACGUAUGGCCGACAAGAAACAUCUACUCUAUUAUGAUCGGAAAUGAACAGGAGAUGGAACGGCAUGUAUAGAUGCCCAUGGGUUUGCAUCUACAUUUGGGAGUCAUACGGAAUUCAUCGUUCUGGCUUGGUAGUCACUCGCAAGCCUCUCGUCUGUACGUAAGCAGGUAUUGCUCGGAAGGCGAAAAUCAGAGGACAAUAAUAUUCUCUGUAUAUUGAUCUUGUUGAUGGUGACUGGCUUUUGGCAUUCCGGUGAUGUGACUUGCUCGUGUGUAUCUGGGUCCGUUUGCCAUCACAUCUGUAAUCUUUUGUCUAUGUAGAUGAGAGUUAAGUACUAGGUACCUAGGUAGGUAUCUGCUGGACAUGCUACGCUCAUCACACGUCUAAAGGGGCUAUAACCGCUAGGCUGAUAUCAGUGGACGAACAACUGUUUUUGUUAGUUGAGUUUCCCUGGUCUGGUUUUAUAGAUAUGCAUUCAAGGAACGCUACCUAUCAUAAGUUUAGUAAGGAACUUGGAAACCC